GUGCCCAGAUUGGGCUGCUAGUCCAGCCAGAAGUGAGGCUGACCCAUUUCGCCUCUGAAAUCUGCCCAGGCAAUGGACUCCCACAUGGACCUGCUGACAGAGCUCCAGCUGCUGGAUAAGGUACCAACACUAGAGCGGCUCCGGGCAGCCCAGAAGCGUAGGGCUCAGCAGCUGAAGAAGUGGGCGCAGUACGAGAAGGAGAUGCAGCACAAGAAGAGAAAACAUGACAAGAGGAGGAAUGUGAUCAGCCACAAGAAGGUUUCUUUUGAGGCCAGUGUUGCACUGCUGGAGGCUUCCUUGAGGAACGAUGUUGAGGAAGUCUGUUAUUUAUUGAACAACAACUUCAGCCCUGACCUGUGCAAUGAAGAUGGAUUAACUGCACUGCAUCAGUGCUGCAUAGACAACUAUGAAGAAAUAGUCAAGCUUCUCCUGAACCACGGAGCCAAUGUCAAUGCAAAGGACAAUGAAUUGUGGACUCCCCUCCAUGCAGCAGCAACAUGUGGGCACAUCAACUUGGUGAAGAUCCUGAUUCAGCAUGGGGCAGACCUACUGGCUGUGAAUGCAGAUGGAAAUAUGCCAUAUGACCUCUGCGAAGAUGAGCCAACCUUAGAUGUCAUUGAGACCUGCAUGGCAUACCAGGGAAUCACCCAGGAGAAAAUCAAUGAGAUGCGGGCAGCUCCAGAGCAGGCAAUGAUCAAUGAUAUCACAGAGCUGAUAGCAACAGGGCAAGAUCUGAACGCAACUGAUGGACAAGGUGCUACACUGUUACACAUAGCUUCGGCCAACGGCUACCUUCAUGCAGCUGAGAUUCUUCUAGACCAUGGAGCAAGGCUGGACCUCCAGGACUGGGAUGGCUGGGAACCCCUCCAUGCUGCUGCCUUCUGGGGACAUAUGCAGAUGGCUGAGUUGUUGGUGUCCCAUGGUGCAAGUUUGAGUGCCCGGACAGCCAUGGAUGAGAUGCCAAUAGACCUCUGUGAAGAAGAGGAGUUUAAAGUCCUGCUUUUGGAACUGAAGCAUAAGCAUGACGUCAUCAUGAAAUCUCAGAUGAGACACAAAUCCUCUUUGAGCAGGAGGUCAUCCAGCACUGGAAGCAGAGGGAAAGUUGUUCGGAGGGCAAGCCUUUCUGACCGAACAAACCUUUACAGAAAAGAGUAUGAGAAGGAGGCCAUCGUCUGGCAGCAAAUAGAAUCUUCCGAAGAGCAAGGAACUUCUGGGUACAGUAGUGACAUCAGGGAAUUUUGCUCCAAUCAAGAGAACACAGAUCCGAACUCUACAAUCGAUACACCCACCCUGCUUCCCGAAUUGGCAUCCAAAAGCACGCAAUGUGACUCAGAAACUCUGCUCCAAAACGGGUUGAGCUUAUCCUCGGCCACUUACCAAUAUUCUAUCCCCAAUGGAGAUGUUUGGAAAAUGCAUUCUGCUAUAGACAACGAUGCUAGCCAAGGACUGCCCUAUGAUACCCCAGGGGUCCCAGAUGUUCAUCAGAUCUGGGGGGGCUACAAAGAGAGGAGCCACCAAACCCUCUCUGAGCUGAAACGGCAGAGAGCUGCAGCCAAGCUUCUCAACCACCCUUUCAUCAGUACGCACUUUGGCAGCAACACGGGGGGCACAACGGAAAAUGGGGGAGAAGCUAAAGAGCACUUGAUCGGUUCCAGGACUCCUUCGUACACAGCCAAUGGGACCUCAGUUUAUUACACAGUGUCGAGCGGCGAUCCGCCUCUCUUAAAAUUUAAAGCUCCCAUGGAAGAAAUGGAGGAGAAGGUGCACGGGUGCUGCCGGAUUUCCUGA